UGGCCAUCAUUUUUUAAAACACCACAUGGGUUUUGUAAACAUUGUACGGUCUGUGUCAGGGAUGUAUCAGCAACACUGUUAACGCCGAUAUCAUUUUUGCCAUCAUUUCGUAGUGCCACACAUUCUCUGCGAGGCUGCUGUUGGACACUAAUGUCUCUGAGGCUGCUGUCAGUGGAUCCAUCGGACCGGGGCUCUCAGAGAUGCAGGCUGGGUCCAGGCUUGAUGUCAGCGCUGGGUCUGGGUCUGGGCUCCCCGCUGCUAGUCUCUGUUCCCGGGGGGAGCUGCCUGUGCACCGCCUGGCCCCGGGCUGACCUGGCAGAAGGCUUCCUGCAGAUGGACCUCAAAUGUUCCUCUCCAAAUCUGAUCUUUUACCCACCCUCUCAGCUCUGCCUGGACCCUGGCCAGCUCACACCUGUGCCCUGCCCCAAACUGAAACAUGUGAAGAUAACUGUGGUGGUCCAGAGUGUUGACUUUAAGAAACACACACCUCCCCGCCUUGUUCACGAGCUUGUGAAAGACAUGCUGAAAGGGGUGUAUGUCCACAACAAGCAUGUGAUAAACCUAAUGGAUUUUGACACAGAGAUUCGAUAUGUUGUUAUCGAAAGCAUCGAUCUGGAGUCUUCCAGUGCUGGAUUGAUCACCUCCAAAACUGGUUUGGAGAUAACUGGCAUCCAGACGGUCCGGCAUUACUGGAGUCACUUGCAGGGCCAUCAUACUGUCCCAGUGGGGGGUCUGGAUGAGGUGAGUGCCUCCCUGAAAGAGAUGCUGCAGCUGCCCCUGCUCUAUCCGGCCACCCUGAACUCUCUCGGGGUGUCCUGUCCCAGAGGUGUACUCCUCCAGGGGCCUCCGGGUGUGGGCAAGACCCUGCUGGUCCGCAAAGUGGUGGGGGAAGUGGGAGCCAGCCUGGUUGUGGUCAGAGGGCCAGAGGUGGUGGGAUCGCAUCCGGGGGAGAGUGAGGAGAAGUUGCGAGCUGUGUUUGAGCGGGCUCGAUCAGCAGCUGAAGAGGGUCCGUGUGUGCUGUUCCUGGAUGAGUUGGACUCUCUGUGUCCGAAGAGGACCGGCUCGUCGGCUCCGGAGAACCGGCUGGUGGCUCAGCUCCUCACACUGAUGGACGGGAUGAACCAAUCGGAUCGCUUCCUCAUCAUCGGAGCCACUAACCGCCCGGACAGCUUGGACCCGGCCCUGCGCAGGCCUGGAAGAUUUGACAGAGAGGUCAUCAUUGGAGCUCCCACCCCGCAGCAGAGAAAGGCCAUCUUGUCCGUUCUGAGUGCGAGGAUGCCUGUGAGUCCCAGUGUGGACAUGACAGAGCUCGCUCAGAGAACUACAGGCUACGUCGGAGCGGACCUCAGCGCCCUGUGCAGAGAGGCUGCCAUGCAUGCUAUACGAGAAAACUCAAAGAGUUCAGGAGAGCAGGUGGUGGGGAUGCAGCACUUCCAGGAGGCCCUGAAGGCGGUGGGGCCCUCCUGCCUACGGGGCAGCCUUGGCAGGACGGAGCUGUGUCCGCUGUCCUGGGAUCAGAUAGGAGGCCUGGAUGAGGUCAAACUCAAAAUAAAACAGAGUAUCGAGUGGCCGAUGUUAUACCCAGAGGCGUUUGUUCGCCUGGGUCUGUGUCGGCCCCGCGGCGUUCUGCUCUACGGACCUCCAGGCUGUGCGAAGACCACGCUGGUGAAGGCUGCAGCGGGCUCCACUCACUGUGCCUUCCUGUCAGUCGGUGGUGCUGACCUCUACUCUCCGUAUGUGGGAGACUCAGAGAAGGCUUUGGCGCAGCUGUUCCGCCAGGCCCGGGCCUGUGCGCCCUGUAUCCUGUUCCUUGAUGAGAUCGACUCUCUGAUUGGCUCACGGUCCAACAAUCAGACACCGAACAGCGUACAGACCCGCCUCCUGUCCGUGCUCCUCAAUGAGAUGGAUGGGAUUGGGCUGAAGACGCUGGAGAGGAGAGGGACGGAGAAGAUCCUCCAGGCGGAGGGUGCGGAGGAGAAUAGCACGCAGAAACAGUUGGAGUGCCAGGAAGUGUGCAACAAAGAGGUGAUGGUUGUCGCGGCGACAAACAGACCUGACUGCUUAGACAGCGCCCUCCUCAGACCUGGCAGGCUGGAUCAGAUCAUCUAUGUCCCUCCACCUGACCAUCAGGCUCGUCUGUGCAUCCUGAGGGUGUGCACACAGUCGAUGCCUGUGUGUGCUGACGUGUGUUUGGAGGAGCUGGCUGCAAAGACAGAACUUUACUCUGGAGCUGACUUGGAAAAUCUGUGUAAAGAGGCUGCUCUGUUGGCGCUACAAGAGGAGAACAUGGAGGCUUCUACCAUCAAACACACAUACUUCCUGCGGUCCCUCGGCCACAUGAGGCCCUCUCUCACUGCACAGCAGAUUCAGUCAUAUCAAAAACAUCCCAGAUGACAAGUCACUAUUUCCUCUGCAUUGAUACAAAGUAUUAUUAAAGAGAUGGAUAUACAUUUGCAAUAAAAUAAGUCAAACUUGAACUUUGGGAGUAUUUGGAAGUAUUUUUUUACCGACAGGCACUCAAAAUGCAAAAAUAUUUGAGAUCUGCACAAAAAGAUACCC